UCGAAACUUCAAAAAAUAAUCCUUACCCACAUCUUGAUCUGAAAUUGGUUGUUGGUAGCCAUGGACGAACUAUUUGAUUGCUUCAGCUCCGAUUCAGUUACACCGAGUAAGAAGAGGCCACACGGCGAGGAAGUGGAGGAGAUAAAUGAUGAGGAACCUGUGUUGAAGAAAUCUCGACCAGAUGCUGCUAUCAGGGAUGAGCCUGUUAGCCGAGGUACUCCCACCGUGGUGGAGAUCGAUACAGAUCCAGGAUGUACACACGAGGUGGCCCUCCCACCGGGAGUAAUGUACACGCCGCUGAUCGAUGUUGCAAGAAAGCCAGCAAAGGAGUACAAGUUUGUACUUGACCCGUUUCAGCGCGAGGCAGUCAAGUGCGUAGAGAACAACCAGUCGGUGCUGGUGUCCGCGCAUACGUCGGCAGGGAAAACUGUCGUAGCAGAGUAUGCGGUGGCAGUGUCCUUACGUGAUCAUCAGCGUGUUAUCUACACAACACCUAUUAAGGCAUUAAGCAACCAGAAGUAUCGUGAGCUGUACGAGGAUGUACAGGACGUGGGACUGAUGACGGGUGAUGUCACCAUCAAUCCGUCCGCCUCCGUUCUGGUCAUGACAACCGAGAUUUUGCGUAGUAUGUUAUACCGUGGUUCUGAGGUGAUGAGAGAGGUCGGCUGGGUUAUCUUUGAUGAAAUCCACUACAUGCGUGAUGCCGAGCGUGGUGUUGUCUGGGAAGAGACCCUAAUCUUGCUGCCUGACAAUGUUCAUUACGUCUUCUUGUCGGCAACGAUACCGAAUGCCCGUCAGUUUGCGCAGUGGAUUGUGCACCUUCACAAACAGCCAUGCCAUGUUGUGUAUACUGACUACCGACCCACACCGCUGCAGCACUACAUCUUUCCAGCGGGCUCUGACGGUCUCUACCUUGUUGUCAACGAGAGGAACGAGUUCCUGGAGGACAAUUUUGCGAAGGCAAUGGGAUUCAUCAAGGAUGCUGGCAGCUCUGGUGGAGGCAUGUCCGGUGGUCGAGGUGGUGGUGGCGGCGGGGCUAGCAUCAAUCGGUUGAUCCAGAUGAUCAUGGAGCGCUCCUUCCAGCCAGUCAUCAUCUUCAGCUUCAGCAAGAAGGAAUGUGAAACGUAUGCACUGCAGCUCUCUAAGCUAGACUUCACGACAGAGGACGAGAAGAAGCUUAUCUCUGAAGUGUUUAACAAUGCGAUGGAUACGCUCAGCGAUGAAGACAGAGCAAUACCACAGGUCGAUAAUCUGUUGCCGCUUUUGAGGCGUGGCAUUGGCAUUCAUCACGGAGGUCUGCUGCCUAUUCUCAAGGAGACAAUUGAGAUUCUGUUUGGCGAAGGGCUUCUAAAGGCGCUCUUUGCUACAGAAACCUUUGCUCUUGGCUUGAACAUGCCUGCACGGACGGUUGUUUUCACUGCCAUUAGAAAAUUUGAUGGCCGGGACUUCCGCUAUGUUACUGGCGGCGAGUACAUUCAGAUGAGUGGUCGCGCUGGUCGACGUGGCUUGGACGACAGAGGCAUUGUCAUGAUGAUGGUGGACGAGAGAAUGGAACCUGAAAUUGGAAAGAGUUUGCUCAAGGGCUCUUCGGAUCCGCUGAACAGUGCGUUUCGCCUGACGUACAACAUGGUGCUGAACCUGCUGCGAGUGGAGGAGAUCAAUCCCGAGUACAUCCUGGAGAGGAGCUUCUACCAGUUUCAGAACAGCACCGCCAUUCCUGGCAUGGAGGAUGAACUGGCAGCCGUGAAAAAGCAGGUGUCUGCGAUGGUUGUCCCCGAGGAGCAAGGCAUCAUGUCGUUCUACAACCUCCGCCAGCAAUUAGACAGGGCGACUACUGAGAUUCACGAAAUUGUAACUCAGCCGCAGAAUAUUUUGACAUUCUUGCAACCAGGCCGCAUGGUGAAGGUAAAGCAUGAUGAGGAUGACUUUGGCUGGGGUGCUGUCGUCACUUUCCAGAAGGAUGUAGCCAAGACCAAGGGUUCUGAGGAAGUACAAGGCUCAGUGUAUGUGGUUGAUGUGUUGCUGCAUUGCGCCACCGAGUCCACUCAGAAUGCCGGCACCAUGCUUCCCAAGCCCUGUCCCAAAGGCGAUGCCGGUCAACUUGUGGUUGUACCCAUUCUGCUCUCACUCAUUCAAGAGAUCAGUACAGUUCGAGUGUACCUGCCCAGAGAUAUCAGACAGCAGCUGGUGCGGACCAAUGUCCUCAAGUCCAUUCAGGAUGUUUUGCAGCAAUUCCCCAAAGGUCUUCCGCUCCUGGAUCCGGCUGAUGAUAUGCAGAUCAAGGACAACAGCUUUCAGCACCUCAUCAAGAAAUACGACACGUUGAAGGAUCGUAUCCGAUCUCACCCUCUUCGAAAGCACAAGGAUCUGGAUACACUCUAUGCCAAAUGCAAGGACAAGAUGGAUGUGUUGGAGCGAGUCAAGUCCCUGCAGAAGGAGAUCAAGCGUGCUCAGACUAUCCUGCAGAUGGGCGAGCUGAAGAAUAUGAAGAGAGUUCUGAGACGGCUCGGCUAUGCAUCUGCGAGUGAUGUCAUUGAAGUGAAGGGUCGAGUGGCGUGCGAGAUCAGCAGCUGUGAUGAGCUUGUUUUGACAGAGCUGCUGUUCAACGGUGCCUUUAGUGAACUGUCCGCUGAGCAAGUCACUGCGCUUCUCAGCUGCUUUGUUUACGAUGAACGUUCGAAAGAGACUAAGGAGCCGCAUCCCGACUUGCAAGCACCAGCAAAGUUACUCAAGGACACUGCACGCCACAUAGCACGUAUCAAGAAAGAGUGCAAGAUUGACGUUGAUGAGGAUGAGUAUGUGCAGGGCUUCAAGAUGGCCAUGAUGCCCGUCGUCUUUGCCUGGUGCCAGGGUGCGCAGUUUCUGCAGGUAUGCAAAAUGACAGAAGCCUUCGAAGGGAGUAUUAUUCGCUGCUUCCGGCGCUUGGAAGAGGUGCUGCGGCAAGUGGCACAGGCCGCCAAGGUUGUCGGCAAUCAAGCUCUGGAGGAGAAGUUCCUGCUGGGCAUCAAGCUUCUCAAGCGUGACAUUGCUUUUGCUGCCAGCCUGUACCUAUAGGUCAGCAGCAGGUGGCCUUGAGCUGAUCAUGUGCAGACGACUGUACUUGUAGCUGCACACCCAGUGAAGAAGAACCAACUGAAUGAUUAUCAAUUUGAAGUGCAAUUGAUUGAAUCUGUUGCUUUCAGUUAUCCUCCUGGCCCCCAGUGGUCCACCGACCAACAUCAUACUGAUAUCCUACCUUGCCCUGGAUCUGGUUUAGAUCAGGCUCGCUGUCGGUUUGACUGACUGGCAUACUUGCAAGUGAAGCCGUGGCUGGUUUGACUUCCACCUAGCUGAUCUGCAUCUUUGUACCUUGUUUGCCUGAAUUGAUUUGGUACCAUUCAGAAAAGUACACAUCAUUACUUAGCAGCAAACCAGCUGAAUGUGCAAUGGCCGGCCCCGGCUUCAGGAGUUCGAUGUGGCCUGACACCUUAGCAGAGCAGUUUGACUCCGCUGUCAGAUCUAGGCUCUUUCUUGCCUUGCAUUCAACUUUCUCAUACUCUACGUCUCCACACUUCUUCCGCCAUCGUCUUGAAUCCUGGCUUCGUCAUGUAUUUAUGAAUUAUUUUGCAUCCAUCGGCUGUUUCAACUUUCAGCUGCCCCCCCCCCCCCACAUACACACUUUCUCAGUGUCUACACAACUUUCUACACACAUUUCUACUUUGCCAGACUUCAAUAGCUGGCGAAAUACGCUGCUAUUGCAUUGGCGUCUCGCCUGCACGCACGCCUGCACAUGCAGAUGUUCAUGUACUUAGUGAAUACUAUAAUGGUUUUCGUCAUUGCAUUGGUACAAUUGAAAUUUGAAACAGCGGUCAAAACUA